AUGCCUACCAACUUCGGCGACAAAGAGCAGCGCGAGGAGGAUCCCUCAGGUCACGAACAGCGCUUCGACCAGGAGAAGGCUGUCAAGAGAAACCCACAUCCAGACUUCAACAAGGUCGAAGCGUCUCGGCCAGAUUGGGCGGAAAGAUCCGAAUGGCACUUCACCAAGACAAAACGGCCGGGGUGGAAACUAGGUCAGGGCGCCAACGACGGCGGAGGGAGUCUUCAAAAGAAGCACGUGGAGAUAAACCCAUACGAGGAAGGUAGACCGGCAGUCUUUAACUACAAGCUGCUGAUCAGUGGGAUAAUUCCAAGACCAAUUGGCUUCGUGAGCACACGAUCUGAAGACGGCUCCUCUACAAACCUCGCUCCCUUCUCCUACACCAACGUCAUAAACCACGACCCACCUCUCUUCACCAUUGGCUUCGCAGGCGGCUUCUCCAACGCCAAAGACACGCUGCGCAACCUUGAAGCUACCAAAGAAUGCACUAUCAACAUCAUCAGCGAACACUACAUCGAAGCCGCUAAUGCUACGAGUAUCAAUGCGCCCUACGGCACAUCUGAAUGGUCGUUGAGCGGUCUUACCCCCGCCCCUUGCACGGAGGUCAAACCCUCCCGCGUGAAGGAGGCGAUUUUCAGUAUCGAAGGAAAACUGUUAUCGACAACAGAGUUUGAGAGCAGGGCGACGCCGGGCAAGAAAACGGGAGUGUUAGCUGUUGUCGAGGGAGUGAGGUUCUGGGUGAGGGAGGAUGCGAUCAAUGAGGACAGGAACAUAAUUGAUCCCGGGGUGCUGAGGCCGAUAAGCAGGCUGGGCGGAAUCAUGUAUGGGAGGACGGUAGAAGGGUGCGAGAUCCCGAGACCGGAUUUUGCAGACAAGGAGAAGGAGGGAGAGACGACGGGGUUGCUGAAACCAAAGAGGGAGAAUCAAUGA